AGUCAAUCGGUUUGAAACGGCAAAGCAAGCAUUUUCCAACUGACGGAAUAACUCUGUUGAACGGAGAAGUGUAGAGGCCUGCAUAGAUAUAUAAACCAGAUGUCCUCAGACGAAGAGGAACCAACCAGUCCUGUUCUGCCCAAGGACUCUGAUCCGGGCAGCUCUGUCUCCUCUGAGCUUCAGGAUGAGUAUGAGGAGCUCCUCCGCUAUGCUGUGGUCACCCCUAAGCUUGAGAAACUCACCAGUGCUCACUUGCAGCGGCUGAGCACCUCACAUCUGUCUGCAGAAGGUCAGACUUCCCAGAGAAAAGAUGACACAAAAUCACAGCGCCCAGCAGAUACUGCCACUGAAGCUAAAGACGGGAGGCAUUCUAGCAGGAGUGUGAGAUUAUCACAGGCCUCUCCCUUGAUCAUUGAGCCCUCCAUACACUCAAGAGCCUCUCAUGGUAAAGCCGAGGAGAUAGCUCGUCGCUCAUCUAGUAGGGCGUCCAUGCUCUCAAAUCCUCCCUCUGACAGGUUACAAGCGGCAGCUGAUAGGUCUAGGCCAAAUAGCCCAGACCCUCUCGAGUCUGCUGUGACAGAGAUGUUUAUCUCAGAGGAGAACAUAAGCAAGAUGGAAAACCUUCUGGACACGUGGAGCAACAACCUGAAGUCAAAUGUACUGACUGAGCUCAGGAAGUGGAAAGUGGCUUUCAAGGAGCAACACAAGCUGGAGAUAAGGAAGGAAAGAGAAAGGUAUGCAGCACAGACAGCUGGCCUAAAGUCAGAGCUAGACAGUCUGAAGGAGCUGCUACACACCUACGAGACUUCCAACCAGAGAAAAGAUGAGGUAAUUGUGAACCUGAGCCAGGUGUUGGACAGACAAAAAGAAAAGCUUGAAAAGAUGAGAACAUUCACCCACUGGAGACUUAAGCACACCGAGGCCAAAGAAGAGGCUCAUGCUGCUCAAGCAGCGCAACAGCACUACAAUUUGCAGCUGAAGAAGAAGGUGUGGUUAGGCUGGCACUCUCUGAUCCAGAAACACUGGAAGGUCAAGGUGGAGCGGGCUUGCCGUGCAAGGGCUGAAGAGGUCUGCUCCCGCCUGUCUACAGAGUAUGAGGCCAAGCUGUCAGAGCACUGUGAGGCUGUAGAGAAGGCCCAGGCAGAGAUUCAGAGACUACGACUAGAGCGAGAGCGCUAUGAGGAAUCUAUGAAGAAAGCCUUCAUGAGGGGCGUGUGUGCUCUCAAUAUGGAGGCUCUGGGCAUGUUCCAUACUACAGAGGGAUGGCCAGAGCAACCUCCAGUUCAUGAUCAGCAUGAUGUUUUGCCUCCCCAGGAUGAGCCUGGCUCUACUACACUGGGUCAGCUUCAACCAUAUCCCAUCUCUUCCACACGGUUCAGCCCAGUACACUUUGACCGCCCGGAUCCUUCCCACAGUGAAGCAGAAGAUAUGAUGGGCUCUGGGGCCCCAAUGUCCAGGGCAGAAGUACUUCCUCCCACUACAAUGAUGCACAGCUCAGCCCCACCUGGGGGCACUACAAGUUCUCACAAACAGGUCAGUGGUCGUGUCGUCACAGCCAGUCAACAAAAGUCCUCAAAGACCGUAACGGCUCGCAUCACUGCACGUACAGACGUUGGUAAGGGUGCACGCAGCAACCUCCAGGUGAUGGGAGUGGCUCCGCCCAUGAGCUCUGUGAUAGUUGAACGGCAUCAUCCUGUUACACAGCUCACGGUCGGUCAAGCCACGGCUUCUAAGUUUCCUCGCUCCUCCCAACAGGCCCAGAGCUCCACCGGAGGCAGAAGCUCCUCCAGAACACACACCAGCACGUGCCAUGUGCACUCCAUCAAAGUAGUUGAUUGAUCACACACACACAUCUCCCAGAAAGUGUUUCUCACCUAGUCUAUAUUGAAAAUGUAACACAUCCUAUGCAACAAUCCUAGAAAUAGUUACCUUGGGAUUAGUUUCAAGUCCAUUUUAUUAAGAUCUUGGUAUGACUCUGCCCUUGCUUUCUACAUAUAAAAUGAACAUUUGAUUGCUAUUUUUGAGCUUCCUUUCAUGAAUGUGAAAGGCACAAUUUCCUGAGCAAUAGGAUUUUUCUCAGAAAAGUGCAACAUAAACACAGGUGUUUAGAACUGCACAUGUAAAUAUUUUUAAUUACCAGCAGCUGGACAUAGUUUAGAAUUACAAAAAGGACAGUUUUUUUUCUCUGAAAAUGUUUUACUUCCAAUUUGUAAAUUAUGCACAGGUGAGACUGUACUGUAAUGUGUAAAACCACAUAUUUUAAAUAUUUGUUGCUGAUGUUUUUAAGACUGACCAUUCAACUCCGCAGGCUGUUUAAUUUACUAAAUCAAAGCCAUAUGUUAAUGAUCAGAAUUUUAUUUUUAGAAUAAAUUAUUAAAUGAUUUACAUGAA